GAUCACCUUCAACCACUUGACAUCCUUGUCCUACACACAUAUACUUACACACACACUCACACCCAAUUACGCUCCUUCAAGAUCUAUCAUCCAUUACAUACCCGUGUGGUAACGUUGAUGUGGUAACAUAUCAUAAUCCAGUAGACACGCUCCACAGCAGUCCUUUCCAGCCUCCUUCUUACGUUUCUUCGUCCUCUUGCCGAGACUUCCUUUAUUUUCCCACCGUCCCAUUCAUCUCGCGUAUUCCAUACCGACAACCUGGGUUCGCAAAGGAAACAUUACAGAGGACGACAAGGAAAGAAGAGAAGAACAUACGUCUAUAUCUAUCUAUCUAUCUAUCUAUCUAUCUAUACACUUCGACAACCACCAACGCCAACGACAUUUGGCCCACCACCCGAUCCGACGCUCUUUCUCAUUAUCACAGCCUUCACCAUGCUGGGAUCAACACCAUGGGCCCAUGGCCACUGCACGCCAUCCUCCAACAAGGCCAAACGCCACCCAGAAGCCCUCCACACGCGCAAGCCGUCCCUCAGCAACUCCGUCUCCAGCAGCGAUUCCUCUUCGACGCAGUCGACGCGGUCCACGGGGACCGUCCGCCACACCCGGGUCCUCGACUUCGACCCUCUUUCGCUGCACCCGACCUUCCACGCCCCACCAAGGCUCUAUGAGCGGCCGUUCAUCCACAACUCCCAGUCCAUCGAGGACGACGUCAUCAACUCGUACUUCUCCAGCCAGGAGGCUGCUGCCGCCGAACAGGCCAAGGCCUCCCUCGCCGCCGCUGCCAUGCCUAACAUGCCUGCCCCGCCUGUCGAAUCUCCCCGGACGCCGAUCCAGCAGCAGCAGCAGCAGGAGCGGUCACGGGAGCACGCCGCUGAGGGAGAUGACUACUUUCUAUUCAAGGUGCAGCAGCACAUUGCCGCCACGAGGCCGCAACUGCCGCGCUCACACUGGUCCGAAUCAACCAUUAACACCAUGGCGUCGGCGCACCACGACGACGAUGAUGAUGAAGAUUCAGAAGACUCGUCGGAGAACGGUAGCAUCGUCGACGUGGAACGGCCCGUACGGGAGUCCCAGUGGCAGAAUUUUUCCCACAAGCGCAGCUCGCCGCCGACCUCGAGGCGGCCGCAGAUGAAGUCGCUCGACAGCGUCGAAGACUUUAUCAAGCGUGGCGGGUGGAAGAGGCGCGGCAUCGUCUUUGAACAAGAAGGCAGCCGAUCUUCCAACACGUUGUUCUAAUGAACAUCUGACUCGACAACUUGACUAUUUUCCACUUUCAUUUUCGCCUUUUUUCAAGCCCAUCAGUUCAAGAUGGGGUGGGCCAACCAACGCCCACCAUUUAUCCUUGUUUUUUUCCUUCUUGUUUUCUCUUUGUCUCAUAUUCGGGAGCGAACCAAAACGGCGAAAGGAUAUUUUCCCGAAGGGGGGUUACGGCCUUACGAUACACAGCUACAACAAGCGGGCGUCCUUGAUUUACUGCUCUUGAACGAUUUCUUUCCUUUCCAGCAAGCCUCCAAUUCAUGCGGUUCUUUUUAUUCAUCGGAUCUUCAGGGUUCGCUUGCCUCUUGGGGUAAAGACCACAACACACAUGUGGUGUUGGUCAGGCACCGAGGUGCACGGUUCUGGUCGGGCGGGAGUUUACCGCGGUUGACGUCACUUUCUUCACGCUGGCGGGUAUAUGCAAAUUUAGGCCUUUUGCUCUCUGCCGCAGGCGCACCUACAAGGAACUG